AUGAGUACGGAUGAUUCAAAUUUAUGUAGUAUUGAAGCAAGAAGGCUCACUAUUAACCAGCCUGUAAACAUGCCUCACCCUGAGGUGAACCAAAGAAAGCUAAAAAUUAAGGAUGAAAAAUUUUCUAAAACAAAGCAUCAUAUUGACAGAAAACAUAAUGAAAUUGCUGUUGUUGGUUCGGAUUCUGUGAAAAAUGGUCAAUCAUUUAUUCAGAAGAAAGUUAAAAAUUCCAAAGGAGGGAUCAAAAACUCCCUCGUUUCUAAAUUGAAACCAAAAACAAAAAAUUCGAAAGUUACUGAAAAACCAAGAGAUGAAAAGAAGAAGGCUGCUAGAUUUAAUAUCAAUUUUAAAAAUAAGAAAAAUGUUAAUAGUAACUCGAAAAAAUCAAAGUCAUCAAUGAAGGGGCUAAUGAAUAUUACUAAAAGUUCUAAAACAAAAAAGGUUCCGAUUAAGAGUCACAAAGAAGGUAGCAAUGAUACUGAAGAACACGAUGAAGAUGAAGAAGAACAUGAAUUUCCAAAAGGUAAAGGUUUUGCUGAGAAAGCGAAAAAAGGCUUAAUUGGUGUUGCAGGUAAAAUUGCCGACUACGGUCUUCCUAUUGCGACCCAAAUGGCCACUGAAGCAAUUAAUAAGAGAUUGAAUGGCAGUGGAAAGUCUGACCAGGGAGUAACAGAUGAUGAUUCAGAUUUGGGUGAUGACAUAUUAGGAGGCGACGAUGAUGAUGAUGAUAUAGAUUUUGGUUCAAACGAUGAAGAUGAUAAAAGUGUUAAAACUCCACCUAAAAACACUAAAGCCCGUAAAGAAAAAAGUUUGAAAAAAACGAAAAAGGAUGAGGAUAUGGAUAUGGACGAUAUUUUUGGUACUGAUGAGAAGAGUGUGAGUAAAAAAGGUGCUAAAGAUGAUGAAGACAUUGACUUAGAGUACCUUGGAGCUGGCUAUGAUCUAAUAAAGGGAAAUCCGAUGGGAGAUAAUAUAACAUUGUUAGACCCAGGGUAUAAAUCAAACGUUAUUCAAAUGCACUGGAAUAAAAAAGUGGAAAACAUAUCCAACAGUAUGAAAUACCUGCAGCCAGUAGGAGGAUGGAUAAGACCAUAUUCAUCUUGCCAUAAAGUGGAAACGGUGAAUGAAAUAAAUUCAUCCGACUCAAUUCUAAAAUCACUAUCAGCUGAUGCCAGCGUAUCAUUUAACCUGGCAGGUGACGCACUUAAAUUCGCAGCCUCGGCAAAGUACAAAAAACUCGACAGCGCAUCAAAAUCAGGAACAAGCAAAAUGUUUAUAAACAAGUCCUAUUGCUUUAAAUACGUGGCUGGUAUAUCAACAUUCUUAAAUAGGGACUUCACGCUAGGGUUUCAAUCAUCGUUGGACCGUUUAGUAAAUAAAUUUCAAGGACUUGAAAACGAGUCAAGCUGUAAACCAUACAUGUACAGAGAAGAUCCGGGAAACAAUAGUUGUUACAAGAUGGGAAUAACACAUUGGAUGGAGCUUUUUAACACAUUUGGAACACAUGUCGCAACUAAAAUAUACUUGGGAGGCAAAAUAUUCACAACCAUGGAAGUGAAAAAGAACCAGGAGAAGAAAUUGAGUGACCAGGGAGUGGACGUCAAGGCAAUUCUGUCAGCUGAGAUAAAGAACUCCAACAUAGACUCAAACGUACAAGUGUCUGUAAUAAAAUCCAACAACUCAAACGAAAAUUUGCUCGACACUAAGAAGUCAACAUUCGUGCUAGGAGGUGACAUAUAUGGAAAGGGUAAAACCAUGGAUUUCAUCGAAUGGUCAAAAUCUGUUUCUCAACAUCCAAUGCCAAUUAAGGCUGAAUUUACCCCGAUUUCACACUUUAUGGAUAAGAGCCUACGUGAAGCGUACAACAAGGCGUACUUGUACUAUGGAAAGGUGAUUUUGGAAAGUGACUAUUUGCGUUACCAAAAUCAAAUGCAGCUGACACCGGAACAAUUUAUGAUGGAUAUUGACAUCGAGAGCACAAGCGGCAAAGGCGUGACAAGUCUCAAAUGUAAAGACGGCAAAUCGAUCCAGUUCGGCUUCGUGAUGUCAACUCUAAAAGAUAAUACACACAAUGUAACAGAGUGUCCAACUCACAGGACUGAAUGCUCAUCUCCUAAAAACGAUGAAGUUUUAUACUCGACUAUCUGGAUCGGUUGCAGGAGCGAGAAUUUAAUAAAUUUGACUCAAAAGCUAACUAAGGAUAAGGAACCUGCCUGUGAUAGUGACUACAGCAUCCUAUUAGGCUCGUACUUUUUUAAUAAUAAAUCUAACUAUCUACUAAUGAAGCCGUGCAAACUGGUUGUUAAAAACUACGAAAUUUCAGGGGAAAACAAGUGCGACGUUGACGGCGAGGUCGAAUACACAUGGAUGGUGUGCACGAAGAAAUUCUGGCAACUGAACACGAGGUCAAAAGUCGUAAAGAAAUCGGAUUUAUCAUCGAUAAGUUGUUCUCCCGGCGAAACUAUUGCAUUCGGUGAGUACUCUAUGUUAUUAUAUUUACUACCACGUACACACCUGUUCACGUAUAACGUUAAGUAUCGUAGCAAUACACAUCUAAUAAACUUAAUACUCGCAGGUAUGACCAUUGAAUGGAACAAGGACGCCGAUAAAAAAUCGUUUGCCAGUAUAUACCCCUGUAAAAGGGAAGAGCGCGUCUGCAACCACAAAUCCGACCAGCGCUGCAAACGCAUAGUUCACUACAUUGUGUGCAAAUAA